AUGAACAACAAGUUCGACGCAUUGAAAGAUGAUGACAGUGGUGACCAUGAUCAGAAUGAAGAAAACAGCACACAGAAAGAUGGUGAGAAGGAAAAAAUGGAACGGGACAAAAGUCAGAGCAGCAGUAAGAGGAAGGCUGUUGUCCCGGGACCAGCAGAGCAUCCCCUGCAGUAUAACUACACUUUCUGGUACUCCAGGAGAACCCCCGGCCGACCCACCAGCUCACAGAGCUAUGAACAGAAUAUCAAACAGAUUGGCACCUUUGCUUCUGUGGAGCAAUUCUGGAGGUUUUACAGCCACAUGGUACGUCCUGGGGACCUGACAGGCCACAGUGACUUUCAUCUCUUCAAAGAAGGAAUUAAACCCAUGUGGGAGGAUGAUGCAAAUAAAAAUGGUGGCAAGUGGAUUAUUCGGCUGCGGAAGGGCUUGGCAUCGCGUUGCUGGGAGAACCUCAUCCUGGCCAUGUUGGGGGAACAGUUCAUGGUUGGGGAGGAGAUCUGUGGGGCUGUAGUCUCUGUCCGGUUUCAGGAGGACAUUAUUUCAAUAUGGAAUAAGACUGCCAGCGACCAAGCAACCACAGCCCGAAUCCGGGAUACACUUCGGCGAGUGCUUAACCUACCUCCCAACACCAUUAUGGAAUACAAAACCCACACCGACAGCAUCAAGGACAAUUCAAGCUUUCGAAAUACAAAAAUCACAUUGUGA